CGUCACCUCAUGACUUUCUAUUAUUCUUAUCUUGAAAUAUUUGUGUCUUUUUAAACAAAACUUUAGUAUGAGAUAGUGUCUUCAAACAUGAUACGGUAUAUUUUACUCGCUGCAUCUUCUAUCGCAUUAGUGCGGGCAAUUUCAUGGCAGGAUUGUUCAACUACACGCUCGACGGAUGCCGUGACCUUCACAAAACUAGAAGCUUCUCCCACAAAAAUAACAUUUCCGGGUGACCUUCACCUCAACCUCAGUCUGACAUUUAAACGCCCUCUUGAUCAUGCAUAUCUGGACAUUGACAUCUACCGAAUGAUAUUUGGAUUUCCACUGAAGGUUCCGUGCUUGAAUGGUACCAUUGUAGGCUCGUGUAGAAACAUUGAUGCAUGUAGAAUAUUUAGAAGCAUCUUGAAUGAUCCAAACCACCAGGACGACUAUGGGCACCAGGCCGAGUCUAUAAUGCUACACGCCCUAGGUCACUACAUGCAAUGUCCUCUACAAGCAGAAACAGUGCUGGUUGAAAAUGCAGUAGCACAUCUUGACCCGAUUCCAGCGAUAGUUGGAUUUUUAGCCGACGGAAACUACAUGAUAACAGCCCGUGCUAAACAAAAGGUUGAUGGUCCCUAUGAUAUUGGCUGUAUCAAGUUGAAUGUAACAAUAGGACUAGGACCUGUUGACGCCGGUGCUAUUGUGGGAUAAGUGAUGUAGGAUUACUCGUUUGAAUCAUUAUAGAAAUCUUGGGAUUUCUAUUUUGCAGUUUACCUCAGCUGUUCAGAAUAAAAGUUUUAUAUUUUGAAAUUUAAUGAAUCGUAUUGUAUUCAUCAUUGUAUAAAAACAAACAUGAAAAAUAAAUUAUUCAAGCAUUU